CAAGAAAGGUUUGUUCUUUUUGGUUUCCACACUGAGAGGAUUCGGUGCAGAGGCGUGCAGUAGGUGCAAGAGGAAGCUUGCUUCCAACCACAAUUUUAAAUUUCUCUUGGACAAUGAUGUCUGUGUCCGGGAGGAAGGAGUUUGACAUGAAGCAAAUUCUGAGGCUGAGAUGGAAAUGGUUUAGCCACCCAUCGCAGAGCUCUUCUGGAAACACUGGUUGUCUCCAGCAGGAGGGAUUUGAGCACCGUGGCAUGGGUCAGAACAGGUUGAAAAGCCACUCUCGGGACAGAAGUGGGCUCAGGAAAAACAGCAGCCCUAUAAGCAGUUUGCUGGCACCUGUGCCAGGACCAGUUUACAACAGACCAGACCGGCAGCCAUGCCAUCAGCAAAAUACAGUUCCACACACACCGGAGAACGAAGGGCUUUCUAAAAUUCCCACACAAGAGGACUCGUGUAAAGAAGAAGAAAAAGAAAACAAAGAAGCUUUGGAACCAGAGAGUGCUGAUCUUACAGAGGAGUCUGGAGAGAGGCUACUGUUAAAUAGCUGUUCUUCUAACAGGAUGAGCUCUGGCAGUUCAGAGGAAUUCUUCCAGUCAAUAAAUCAUGCAGAACAAACAUUUCGAAAGAUGGAGAAUUACCUCCAACACAAGCAGCUGUGUGAUGUUCUCUUAAUCGUCGGCGAUCACAAGAUUCCUGCCCAUCGACUGGUCCUCAGUGCUGUUUCAGACUACUUUGCUGCCAUGUUUACAAAUGAUGUACGUGAGGCCAAGCAAGAAGAAAUUAAAAUGGAGGGUGUAGACCCAGAAGCACUUAAAGCACUUGUUCAUUAUGCUUACACAGGUCUGCUCGAAUUAAAGGAGGAAACUAUAGAGAGUUUAUUGUCUGCAGCCUGCCUUCUUCAGCUCUCUCAAGUGGUAGAAGUGUGUUGUAACUUCCUUAUGAAGCAGCUCCAUCCAUCAAACUGCUUGGGAAUAAGAUCAUUCGCUGAUGCUCAAGGCUGCACGAAUUUGCUUAAGGUGGCCCACAGCUACACCACGGAACAUUUCAUGGAAGUGAUUAAGAAUCAAGAGUUCCUUCUGCUCCCUGCCAGCGAGAUUGAGAAGAUCCUUGCUAGUGAUGAUAUUAAUGUUCCUGAUGAGGAGACCAUAUUCCAGGCUCUGAUGUUGUGGGUAAAGCAUGAGCUACACAAAAGGCAACAGGAUCUUGCAAUGCUCUUGUCUUACAUCAGACUACCAUUACUCUCCCCACAGCUGUUGGCUGAUUUGGAAAAUAAUCCAAUGUUUGCUGAUGACUUGGAAUGCCAAAAACUCCUUAUGGAAGCAAUGAGGUAUCAUUUGUUGCCAGAGCGACGACCCAUGAUGCAAAGUCCCAGAACCAAACCAAGAAAAUCAACAGUUGGAGCACUUUAUGCAGUAGGAGGAAUGGAUACCAACAAGGGUGCCACAACAGUGGAAAAAUAUGACCUCAGGACAAAUACCUGGAUACAAGUAGGCACAAUGAAUGGGAGACGUCUGCAGUUUGGUGUGGCAGUGAUUGACAAUAAACUGUAUGUUGUUGGUGGAAGAGAUGGAUUAAAGACGUCCAACACUGUUGAAUGUUACAAUCCAAUAGCCAAAAUCUGGUCGAUAAUGCAACCAAUGUCCACUCAUAGACAUGGACUAGGAGUGGCAGUACUUGAAGGACCAAUGUACGCAGUUGGUGGACAUGAUGGGUGGAGUUACUUGAACACAGUAGAGCGAUGGGAUCCACAAGCUCGCCAAUGGAACUAUGUUGCCAGCAUGUCAACUCCAAGAAGCACUGUUGGAGUCGCAGCACUAAACGGCAAACUGUAUGCAGUAGGUGGCCGAGAUGGCGGCUCCUGCCUACGAUCAAUGGAGUGCUUUGAUCCUCAUACCAAUAAAUGGAGCAUGUGUGCACCCAUGUCCAAGCGAAGAGGGGGAGUUGGAGUUGCCACGUGCAACGGCUUUCUUUAUGCUGUGGGAGGACAUGACGCUCCUGCUUCUAACCACUGUUCUAGAUUGUCAGAUUGUGUGGAACGGUAUGACCCCAAAACAGACACCUGGACAACUGUGGCACCUUUAAGUGUAGCGAGAGAUGCAAUUGGAGUGUGCCUUCUUGGGGACAAGCUUUAUGCUGUUGGAGGAUAUGAUGGCCAGACUUACCUAAACACUGUUGAAUCAUAUGAUGCACAAAAUAAUGAAUGGACAGAGGAGGUGCCUCUGAAGAUUGGAAGAGCUGGAGCUUGUGUCGUUGUAGUGAAAUUGCCAUGAAAGGCUGAAAAGUAUGUCUAAUUGCUACAGGUCCAAGAGAGAAUCAAAGAACAUUCUUCUGUAUAUAAACAGGCAAUCAUUCCAAAUCUGCAUCAGCCCCGCCACUGACUCAGAUUACAGAAUAAAAGGGUCAGAAGGAAUGAACUAUGCUCUGGUGCAACUUCACUGCUGAAAUGCAUAAAAAUGAGCCGACCGCAAAUUUAAAUGGUUAUCAUCAGAACACCAUCAUUAAAGGAAUCUCAACCCAGAAUUUGGCACACAUUACCAGAUGUCACUGUGGGGUGGGAUGUGCAGUGUUGAUGAAUGGAAUGCAUACUACUGUACGAAUCACCUUUCUGGAUAUCUUUAUUCCUAAAGCUUUCCCUAUGACUGAUGCUGCUGUUGGUGUUUACUGGUGUUGUGCUCAAUGUGGGAAAAAAUUAUGAGUUCUUAUUAUACGUGUUACUAUUAUUGUAAUUAAAUAUUGCAUAUUACAAUGAAAUAGGUUUUAUUUUUCAAGACAGCUUUGUCAUUUGAAAGGUGGAAUUUAAAUAAUCAUAAUAAGAAAAUGAAAUGACAGUGUAGAUUCAAAUUUUGUUUCAAAUCAUUGAUAGAAAAUGAUCUUAUAAAUGUGCUAUUCAAAACAGGACUUUGUAACCUUUACUCCAUGAUAUUAUAGUCUCCCCACUGGCACAGAUCUUUGUCAUGGGAAGGAUACCAUUAAAGAGGUUGCAAUACUAUGAGAUAAAAAGCUCAUCUGGGAGUUACUUCGCAAAAAAUCUGUUCUCUCUUCAUUUCAACCAUCACAGUAUACAACCAGCAGUAAUAUUACAAUACAGGAGAAGACAGAAGACUUUGUAAAGCACACCAUUUACAACCAAGCACUAUAGUAUGUAAAAAGAAGUAUUGUUAACUGCACAGUAGCCUAAACCGUUAUCUGAAUUUUGAGGAAGUUGCUUAAUUAUAAAUUGGUAAAGCAAAUUUUAGAACGUAUAUUUAAUUGUAGAUCAUAAUGUUGCUUUAAGCAUGUUGGACAAUAAAAGAACAGGGAGUUAACACAGAGGACAAUUUUUCUGCAGGAUUGUGAAUCCAUCUUAUUUAAAAUGUAAGUGGUUCAAAGGUCUGUGGUUUAUUAUGCUUAAAUAUUUUAAUUUUAAAUUCAGUUAAGUUAUCAAAUGGUUGCUAAGGAGCAAUUGAGGUGAAAUUUCAAAGUGAAGAAUGCAAGCAUUGUUUUUAAUGAAGCUUGAAAUACAUUUUCUAAAUGAGUAAUCAUAAUGACUUGAUAUAACCAUUGGGUUUAAGGAAAUAAACGUAUUGAUGAUGACAACAGAACCACUAGGACUUUUAUUACAAUAUUUAAGUGCAGAUGAUAGAAAGAUGCUCAAAUUUUAAUCUAUAUUUAGAAUGAUUCAUAAAAUUGGUUUUGUUGACAUAAACCUAAAUAUUUAUACAAUGUGGGUAUGUUUUUGAAGAGAACCCCACAUUUUUGACAACCUAAUAUAUCCUAUAAAAUAAUGUCAAAUGUUAAAAAAUACAUACAUGUGAUUCAAGAUAUAUUUCUAUUGCAUUAAAGUGACCAUUAUAUGGGAAGAGAAUCAUUUUCAUGAUAUUGCAUAAUAUUUGAAAUUCUUGCUUUAAUUAGUAUAUCUGUAACAAUAAUAUUACACCAAAGUUAGUCAUAGGUGUAUUUAUGUAGUGCUAGCAAUGCAGAAUUAUAUUUAUGGAGAUAUAUAAAUAUAAUCUUUAAUCCAAAUGUUGACGUACAUAUCAUAUUUAUAUUUGAAAGUGUUCUAUUGGUGGAUCCAGUUUUCUGAGCCUUUGAAUGUGCCAAAAAAAGGAAGGCAAACUCACUGAAUUGACAAACUGAUAGCGGUAUACUUACAAUGUACAACAUUCCACAACAUUUUACACAAGCAUCCAGACAAGUAAGAACAUUUUAUAUUUUCAAGAGAAGUGCAAGACAAGCCUGGAGUAUCAGGGAAUAUUCUCUACUAUGGGCAGGGUAGGGUUAACAUAAAUGAGCUGGAGAACAGGUGAAAUGAACAACUUACAUUUUUAUAUAAAAACAGAGACUAAUUACAGAAAAUGUGAAUUAUAUCUUUGGAUAGUAAUCUUUGCUUCUGAUUCUUGCUGAUUAUAGAAUUUCUGACCUUGGAUAAUGGGCUAAGGCUUCAGUAAGCACAUGCAACUCUUCCUUUCUGAUUUCUGCCUCACCUAUAAAAUAUCUGAUAUCACAGUUGUUUACUAAUAAUAAAAGGACCCUGUCCUCUGCACAUUCCAGUUUAUUUUGGCCAACAGAAAUGCACUGAAUUGCCUGUGGAAACUGGGCUAUGAUAAUGACAUUUUAAUUGGGCUAUGAUAUUCUUUAUUCUGCAGAAUCAGUUUUAUUGUAUGAAUAAUAAUUAAAGUAAGCCAAUAAUACAAACAAGGUAUACCGCUUGUCAAGUGUGCUCUGCUCUGUACUAAAAAGAAAAUAAAAUGAAUAGUAGAAUUUGACUGAUUCUUGUAACUAACCCAAUUCUUCUAAGGUGUCUGUGUACACUUUUGUAAUGAUUAUAGAUAUUGCUCACAAAUAAUGGAAUGUCUCUGUAUAACUAAUUGUAUUUGGCAUGGUUACCACUUAACAGACAAUUGAAUUGUUUCAGAGGUGCUGAAUGUGUGCUCCAAACCUCUGCCAAAAUGUUGUUGUUGUGAUGUUUUAUGAAGUCUAGGAGCUCUGAAUUCUUCCAGCCCUUACUUGUGAAUGAUGUUUACAGUUUAGCUGCCAGUUUUAAUUCCUCUGCUGCACCCGAAAGAAAUAGCUUUCACUUCUGGAGUUAAUUCUGCUGGCAGGGGCAGUUGUGAUGGACCUAUUGUUUUGUACAAUAACAAUGCAUUUCCUGUACAGCACACCAAUUUAUUUGUAACUUUUACACAAAAUGCAAGUUAGCAGUAUUUCAAUAAAUGCAAACUCAGAUUAUUUUGAUUCAAAAGCAGAGUUAGAAACAUUUUUCACAGGUCAGUUUGUUGUAGAUUGCAAUCUUUUAGACAAAUAAUGAACUUUUAGAAGGUUGCAUUGGAUGUAAAAUCCUACCUUUUCAACUAUAAAUUAAACCUGCAACACAAGAAACCAAAAAUAGUAUUUAGAGCAGCUAUCUAUAAUGCCUUUUGUUACCAAUGAACUCUGCAGAGGCAAUGAAUUAACUUUUCAGUACUGAGAUUUAUAACAAACCUUUGGUUGUUCUACUGCAUAUUUCGUUCAGCAUGUGAGGAAUAUUUCCUUUCUUUAAUUCCCUUUUGGUGUACCUAUAUUUAAACUUUCUGUGUUAUUCUGCAGUUACCAGUUUGCAAAUAAACA